AUGGACUUAGACAGUAGUUUAAAUAUGCUAUUUGGUAUUCCUGUUGCUCUUAUGGAAGUAUAUAUUUCAAAGAAAAAAUACUCAUCAACAGUUUCACCAGAAACUCCCUCAAAAGAUCGCGGAACUAUAUUUAUGAUCUGGCUAAUUAUAUUAUGUGCACAAAUAUCUUCCAUACAUUGUACUCGUUUAGGUUAUGGAUCAAAAAUAAUUCUAAAUAAACAUAUUAAAUAUUUCGUAUGGAUUCCAUUUUCUAUAAGUUUAUUUUUCAUUGGCCUUCUAUUACGAAUAAAAUCCAUCGACCAAUUAGGAAAAUGGUUUACGACUGCGAUUCGUACCACUGACAAUCAACAAUUAAUUGAUGUUGGUUUGUACAGAAAAAUGCGACAUCCAUCAUAUGCAGGUGUAUUUUUGUAUUUCUUUGGUUUAUCUUUACUUUUAAAUAAUUGGUUAACAUUCUGUAUUACAAUGAUACCGAUUUCUUCAGUAUUUUACUAUCGUAUUCAUAUUGAAGAACAAGAAUUAAAAAAACAUUUUGGAAAAAGAUAUGAAGAAUAUAAACAAAAAGUACCUUAUAUGAUUAUUCCCAAAGUAUUCUAA